AAUAAUUCUUUUAUGAUUUGCGUGUUAUUAUGAGGCAUACAAAUUCUGUCGAUUUUUACGUUGGUAAUAAGUAUUGAUAUAGAUUUGUAAUAAUCAGUUUGGCAAUACCACCAAGUCUCUUUGUCAAAAAGUCGAAUUCUAACCAUGGUGCAAUAUUCGUGAUAGUUUACAAAAUCGUUAAAAAAGCAGUACGAGAUAAGUUUUUGUGAAUAAAAAUCGAGUAAUUCUCAGAAGAAAGUGUAUCUACACAGGUGAAAUCAAUAAAAAAUGGAUGAAUACACGAGAGAACCUUGCCCAUGGCGAAUUCUUGACGACUCUGGUGGUGCGUUUAUAAUGGGUGCCAUCGGUGGCGGUAUAUUUCACUCAAUAAAAGGAUUCAGAAAUGCGCCAGUCGGUUUCAGCAGGAAAAUGUUAGGCAGUUUGGCAGCAGUCAAAGAGAGGUCACCAAUUGUAGCUGGCAACUUCGCUGUUUGGGGAGGAAUGUUCUCCACAAUUGACUGUUCACUGGUAUACCUGAGACAGAAGGAGGAUCCAUGGAACUCCAUCAUGAGUGGAGCACUUACUGGUGGCAUCCUGGCAGCUAGGAAUGGUGUACCAGCAAUGGCGGGCAGUGCACUCGUAGGCGGCGUUCUUCUCGCGCUGAUCGAGGGCAUCGGUAUCAUGUUCACAAGGAUAACGGCAGAGCAGUUCAAACCACAACAACCAAUAUUUGAAGACCCCUCUGUGCUUGGUCAAAGUCAAGCACAGAGUCAGUCUUUCCAAUAGAAUUAUAAUUUAUAAUUUGUACAGGUUAAGCAAUGUUGGGUUAUUAUUCUAUUGGUUUCUGUUUAAUUUAGAUGUUGUUUAUGGUCCUCUCUAAUCUCUAGUAGUGAAAAUUCUUUAUUCUUUUCUUGGAGAGCAUUCUUGAUCUGUACAAAUUUAUAUUACAUCUUGCCACUUGGCAUUGUACGUAUUGUAGAAUACUGUUAAACAUGAAUUGUUUAGUCAUGUGUUUGUUAUAGUUUCCUAAAUGUAAACCUGCCAUCACACUUAAAAUUAAUAGUUGAUCAUGAAUUUUGUCAAGUAAAUUUAUGUUUUGUCUGGGAAAUAUUACUUUAUUAUUGACAUUGGCAAAAUCACUAAUGAAUAGAUGGAGCCAUUGAGUUUCACAAGAUCAAGAACUUUACCAUACCAUGAACAUUUUAUUUUCCUCUUUACUUGAAAAUAGGUGAAAAAGUGUAAUUUAAAAAAACUUUCUUCUUUUGACUACAUUAUAUAAAUUAAAUUAGCAGGUCAUGACAAAUAUAUGAGUUAGAUUGUGGCUUAAAUUCAUGAUUACACCAGUAAUAUAGUUUCCAAGUGACAACUCAGAAUGUAGGUGAAGUGAUAACAAACAUAUUUGACUUUUAUAAUUUUGUUUAUUACAGUAAAUAUUCAAUUGAAUUCAGAUCUUUGAUGACACAAGUGAUUUAUUUUGCAUCUGUGAUAUUAGCAGCACUGUGCUGUUUGCAUAAAUUUCACUUGUCGCAGGUCUCCGACAAUGCACAUGGUUUAAUUCAUCCAAAGCUCAAUGACAUGUUAUUUAUGUAAGAUUCUUUUUAGAUUAGAAAACUUGUGGUUUUAUUAACAAUAUAUUGAUGGACAGGUUUGCGAGUGGCAAAAUACACUAUAUCCCAAUGUUAAGUAGUUUAUUAAAAUAUCCCACAUAGAUUAAUUUGUUGAAUUGUAUAAAGUAAAACCUUAAAUAACUUAAUCCAAAUAUUAAAACUGUUGUGUUAAUUUUUAUUCACCUAGCAAGCAUUUUAUUAAAUGCUUAGAGUAACUAGCCUGCAGGAAUAUAUUUUUUAAUCUAGAAAGAAUCUGUAACCAUUUCAUAGACUGCCACAUGUUUGUCGUUCACAACUUAUUUAUUUUUUUCCAUAUAGUUGUGAGAGACAAGGCAUUAUUGUUUAUACUGGUUGUGAUCAAUAUUUGUUCCCUAAUCCAAUUAGUUUUACAUAAUGCUUAAAAAAAUAAAUGCCAUUUAUUUUGACAUGUAGCAUUCUGUGAAAUGGAAAGUCCUAUGUUUUAUAGUGUUAGUUAUUAAAACAGUUUUAUAAUUAAAA